CUAUUUGUUAGUUGUAUGCCAUCCAUCUUCUUUGCACCGGCUCAAAGAGACCCGACCAUGAUGCUGGCAUGACCUCCUGCACUUCUUCCUUUUUCUGUCUAUUGUUCUUCUGAUACUCCGUACAGCAGUGCUCAAACCUUCGUUUGCCAAGCGCUUUUGUAAAUUUUUGGGAUCCCUGAGAGGAGCUUGACACGCCGAUCGCUCUCCGUGCAUUUGCGGAAGAUCUAUCACGGGGAUUUCAGAGUUGACUGAGGGGAUCCGGAGGCAAACCGAUCUGGAAACAGAGACAACAACACGAAGUGACCGGAAACUGGUUGGAUCAACGUGACCUCUUUCAUCCCGAGAAGAAUGAGAUUGCCUCAUAUCAAUACCUCUCGGACAAAAAACAUCAUUCAUGCCUUCCAGGCCUUCAUUAUAUUCCUGGCAUGGGCGAUGACCAUCGCCGUCUUCACAAGGGAUGGGAAAACUGACGGCCGCACCGCGUGGUAUUUCGCGUUGUGUUGGUUUUCGAUUCCCGGGUUGAUAUAUCUGACCGCUGUUCCGAUAUGGCCUCGAGCUCGCCGUUUCGGUAAUCCCUACGCCUUCGCGACCGUCGAUGGCCUCUAUACCUUCUUGUGGUUCACCGCCUGGGUCGCGAUUGCAACAUAUGUGGGGAGCGGGAAGGCAGCGGGAUCGAAUGACGAGGACAACAAGAAAGAUGGAAAGACAGGAUGCGAUGCAUUUGCAUAUGGGAGCCCGGCGAAAUGCACGCUGAGCACUGGGACGGCUGUCCUCGGUGCUUUUGUUUUUCUCCUUUUCAUUAUUACGAGCUUCAUGUCAAUAAAGGACGUGAUGGACUACCGUCGUACCGGCAUGAUGCCAUAUGAUGGAUCUGACCCCACAUUCGCCGCUCAAUCGAAGGCCGCAUUCUCUUCUAACCCCCACGAGCUCGAUGAGGAAGAUGGAGAUACAGAAUUUAGAACCGGUCGUCCUGGGGGAUCGCAUUUGGGCACUCAUGACGACGGGGAUGAGUAUGCUCUUCUGCAACAACAUGAGAUCGAAGACACCAGUCCCCACCGCCCGCCUCCGUCUGCCUAUGAUCCGACAGCCCCCACAGACACUGGGCCUCGACGUUCCCCAGCUCCAAUGGGUAGCGGCAUAAUGCAUGACUACGACACAAGUUAUGGAGGCCCAUAUGGCCAUACAUCCCAGCCAUCCGCCGACUAUGGGAGUGGACAGGACAAUCGAUGAGUCGAGAAAAGCAGACGCCCCUGCUGUCUGGUGCUGCUUGUUAAGUUUCACAAAUAGGCAAAGAUCCUCGUUCAACAUUUUCCUCUUCCUAAAACCUUUAGGAAUUCAUCAGUUGGGCACUGUACUUUGUUUUGUACUUCUGUUCUUAGGGGCAUUUGUUUUACAUUGGGCAAGUUGGUCUUUGAUCGCACCUUUGGUUCUUUCAAUUGGAAUGUGUUAAUGUUUUUCCUACACCUUUCUUGAAUGUCUUAAAAGUUGCUCAUGGCUGUUUAGUAUCAUAUUGUCGCGUUGAGGAAAUCAUGUGGCUUGGUAACACUUCAAGAGGUGCAGUUCUGACUUAAUUUAUUGCUCAAUUCCAAUUGUGCAUUUUUAUGCCAUAUACCCAUGAGGAAAAAUGGAAGCGAAGGCGUUCUUAUCUGAUACCCAUGGAACUGGUGGUCAUUUCUUAUAUCCCUUUUACGGGCAAACAAUCACCAACCAUUCGCUUGAAUGAAUGUGGCAUUUCAACAAAGGCUCGCGCUCGCCCCAAAGAUGCUCAUAGAAGCCGGGGUGUAUAAACUUGUCACAUUUGAUAUCAAUUACACAUGUUGCGACUGAUUUAUCAAGUUCAAAGUACUAAUUUAUCUGGAAGCAGGUGAAGAUGUCCCUCACAGCCCUCCAAAACUGUCCCUGUCGCAGGUGUUUCGAGCUAAAUAGGUAAUCAACCACCAGAGAAAAGGAACACUAAUUCCACAUCAGAUCUGAAGAAAAA